AUGGCACCCGUAGUCUCCACCCUAUCCGGUCGUGCAGACAGCUCCCUCCACGAGCUCCUGGCCCGUAUCGACGGCGAUCCCCCUCUCCGCCCGUUCCGACCUCGCCCCCGCUCCAACCUUGAGCCCCGCAACAACGGCCCCUAUGUCCACCCUAAAUCCAUGAGCGCCGGCGUCCUCGUCAUCUUCUCUCUCCUUGGCGCCUCCAUCGGCCUCCUCGUGCUCUGGCUCUUCGUCAUGAAGGGCGGCUUCAUCUGGAAGCCCACCGACUGGGAAGACUACAAGUCGUCCGUGCUCCGCCGCCCCGGUGAGCGUCCCGACGACGCAAUCACCGUCUUCUCCGAUGGCUCGACGCGCCGUGCUGGCGGCAGCACAGCUGGCGCACGAACGGUCGUCCUCGGCGAGCUCGACACAACAUACACAAAGUCGCACGUCCACAAGACCUUUGGCCCGCGCCCAAUGGGAAAGAAGAAGACAUCGGUGUGGGGCAGGGGCGAAGGAAGUAUCUGGGGGCGCCUGCGCGGUGGUGGCCUGAACGACAACGAUACGGUGGUUAUGCGUGAGAAGGAGAUGCGACAGGUUAGUGGUGGUGGGCACAGCUUCGUGGAUAAGCAGGAGCCUGCGAGGCCGAGGGGUUGGAAGCCGGAGGACUCGGAUCUCUCGGGAUAUCCAGACCUGGGACGCGGCGAGACGACAGUGCGCCAUCCGGCAAAGGUGCGGCACUCGAAGUCAAGGGCGGCGGCGUCGGCGGCGCCUGCGAGCAGGCCGGGUCGGGUCAAGUCGACAAGGACACAGAAGCCUCCGCCUCAGCCAAAGAGGAUCCCAUCGCCAGAGGAGGAAUAUACAAGCUCGGAUACCGAUACGGAGAGUGACACCGAGAGCGAGUCUGACAGCGACGAUGACAGCAUUGACCAGAGUCAGCUCGGGAUGGCGAAAGGAAACAAGACCUACGCUCACCCGCUGCCGAUGGAGAACAUUCUUGCUGGGAGGUCGCAGGCGCCGAUUGAGCGCAAUGGAGGUGGCGCAGGCGGGACCUAUGGUAGUGGUGUACCGGUUGGCCAUUUGGUGCCUAUUGGUCCUAGAGCGCUUGUGCAUGGUGGUAGUAGGGAGGUCGUGAGAGCUGGUAGGGGAUACAGGAAGGGGAGCGAGGGGAGCUUGUCGAGCAUGGAUAGCAUUGGCAGCAGCAGGGUUUAG